AUGACAGACACAAACAUUGAUGAGUUUAGAAUAGGUGGCGAUAUGAAAGAAGGAGAGGGAGUUUUAGAGAGAUCUUCAGUAGCGAACCACGAUGAGGGAAGUUUUGUGAAUAAAGAGGAACACUUGGGAUCAAAUGGUGAUUAUGGUUGUGACAGUAGCCGCGGUGGCGGUAAUAGCCCUAAGGAGGGAACGGCAAAUAGUAGCCGAGUUACUAAGAAAUCUUCCAAGAAGAAGAAAAAUACAUGCUAUUUUUCAAAGUGUAAUAAUCCAGCUUCAAAGUUUAUAGGUGACUGCAACUUUUGCAAAGGUCAUUACUGUUCAAAGCAUAGACUGAUGGAAAAUCAUGCUUGUGAAGGGCUAACAUCCUGCAAGGAGGACAUGCAUAAAAGAAAUGCUGAUAAAUUGGCGGCGGAACAAACAAGGGUUCCAAAGAUUCAAAUUUAA